UUGACGUUGUUCGUGAAACUACGUUGCUUACCAUCAUCAUUCUCGUCAUCUGCGUAUAACGAUCUUCUGUUUGUAUUUUUCGACGAUCGUUUUGCAGUAUCGGUAAAGAUAUCAUAAAAUUCAAUCGAAAAAUUUUCAAAGUAAAACACUUCGAUUAAAGAGAAGACUUUAAGAAUAGAUAUGUAAGAGGCACGAGAGUGCCGUUGUACCUUUCCGUUCGCGAUUGGCAGAGCAACGACUCCAGAUAAUCGACAUGAGAUUUACAUUAGUGAUCGACGAGUAAGAUCGAUCGAUUUUCAUAUAGAUUUUUUACUCGUUUGCAAUAUAUUUUCUUCGACCUUCUUCAAAACAAAUAUUUAAACUGUUAGCUUAAAAUAAUACACAUAUAAAACAUACGUAAGGACACAUGUUAAAACACUCGAAUCAUAUUUGUCCAUAAGGAGAUCUCGCGAUCAAAGGCAAAGUCACACUACCACAGUGAUCAACGGGACGAAGUAGAAGCGGUCUGCAUUAGGCAGCCGCCGCGUGCGAACAAUUAUGCCAUAGCCCUGUUAACCAGUGUGCAUCAAAAUUAGCCCAGAUAGUUACAAACAUCACGCCAAGGCUCUUCUACGACUCAGCGAAAAAUUUGAUAUUACUUCAUGCUAAAGGGCGAAUCCCACUGGCCUGGUCACUCUCGGCUAUGAUUUCGCAGGCUAUUACAUACUGUUACAUCGAAGCGACUUUGCGUCCACAAACUGGUCACUCGCUCGACUAGUUAUACUCGUAAGAAUUUGGCAAAGGGUCGAUAUGACGAGGAAGACUCUUGUGCUAUUGCUCGGUCUACUCGUUUUAAAACGAUCGUAUUCCAGUUCUGGAAACGAGUACGGCGAUGGCAAUCAUCAUCGACAAAAAAGAGUCCUUUGGAUAACGAAUGACGGUCGGAUAGCUUUACCACCUGGCACAGUAAUGACGAUUACACCUACGUUGGCACUACCCUUCGUUAGAUAUCCACCUUACGGCUUUUUGAGCAAUAUGACUAUUAGUCUUCCCUUUACGAUCGACUUCGAUAAAUUAGGGCUAACAGAUAAUGAAAAUCCUUAUGGUGCUUUACCACCGGCAUUUGAUAGAAGUGCCCGCGGUCGAAAAGCUGGCAUGAUCAUGGCAGAUUUCAUAGCUGCCUUCAUAAAACGAAGACUUCACAAAAGAGACACUAUAGAAGUACCAAAAGAUGCGUUCCACGGUGGUGAAAGAGCCCUCCUUUAUGGCACAGCCGAGGAUAUGCUAAGCACUUUGGGUUUAAACGGAAAGGCUUGCCUAUUGCGAGCGAUUUGUGAAGUUCACGGUCAUCCUCUCAACAAUUUCGGCCUGAUCGGCGAAAUGUUGAAACUAUUUCUCACGGCUAGUAAGUCGCCAUUUGCAAAUAUUCUCAACGAAUAUGUGGAAGCUGAAAAUAGAGGGAAAUUACACGGAGAGUGUUGGCCGUAUUUCAAAGAUUGUCCUAAAUCGUUGUUCCUGCCCUCUAUUAAUAAGAAAGAUCCCGUUCAUGAAAAUGAUGAUACAGAAAGUGACGAUAAGUGGAAUCAAAUUUCGAGAGACGUCGAGGAAGAUGUCGUCGAAAGGAUACCGAAACAAAAUUCGAAACACACGAUGCAUCCGUCCAUGUAGUAAUAUUUAACAAAUAUAGAAAAUAUAGUAAUACGAUAUAUUGUAUUGUAAUAUUGUAAUAUUAUUAUAAUAUUAAUUUAUACAUAAAUCGUGAUAAUAUUUUUACCAAUGUAAAUUUUAUAGUAUAUAUACGUGUCUAAGAAUAGUCAUUUAAAUUUCGAUGAUUUAUCAAUUUUAAUUUCAUCAUUGUAAUAUCGCAUUAUAUAAACAAUUGCCAAAUAGCGUAUAUAUAAACUUAA